AAUCACAAGAGCACACGCGGGUAUCGAAUCUCGAAUCGAGCCUAGUCAGUCCUGUGCAUCCACAAAUUCGCUAUGUCGCAGAAGGAUCCCGUGGCCACGGCUUCGAAAGCGGGCUUAGAGUUCGCAAAGAUAUUCUACAAAACAUUGGAUAGUAAGCGACACAUGCUCGGAAAUAUUUAUCAGGACGAUGCCCAACUGCUCUGGAACGGAAACCAGUACAGCGGUAAAGAAGCGAUCCAUAAAUUCUACACAUCGUUGCCACAUUCCGAAACCACGCUGGUCAGUGUCGAUGCUCAGCCGAUCACAGCACAAUUCCAAGAGGGGAAACCCACUGCCUUGAUCACGUGUACGGGGAAUAUUAGAUUGAAGGGGCUUCAGAGUGCCGGCUUCACUGAGAAUUUUGUUGUGCUUUCCGAGGGAACGUCUUGGAAAGUUUUGAGAGGGAAUUUUCGGUUCCACGAACCUGCGCCAUGA